AAGAUAAUAAAAAAAAAAUGGCAUACAAAGUAGAUCAUGAAUAUGAUUACCUAUUUAAGAUCGUCUUGAUUGGAGAUUCAGGCGUUGGCAAAUCUAAUAUACUGUCGAGAUUUACGAGAAACGAGUUUUGUCUCGAGUCCAAGUCUACCAUUGGGGUUGAGUUUGCAACUCGGACAUUACAGGUAGAAGGGAAGACGGUGAAGGCACAAAUAUGGGACACGGCAGGUCAAGAGAGGUACAGAGCGAUAACCAGCGCUUACUACAGAGGAGCCGUGGGGGCACUCUUGGUCUACGACAUUACCAAGAGGCAGACCUUUGACAACGUCCAGCGGUGGCUGCGCGAGCUGCGGGACCACGCCGACUCGAACAUCGUCAUCAUGGUGGCAGGCAACAAGGCCGAUCUCAAACACCUUAGGGCUGUCACGCCCGAGGACGCGGCUGCCUUGGCUGAGAAGGAAGGCCUGUCGUUCAUCGAGACGUCGGCGCUGGAGGCCGUCAAUGUUGAGAAUGCUUUCCAGAGCAUUUUGUUGGACAUUUACCAGAUAAUCAGCAAGAAGGCUUUGGCUGCUCAAGAGGCAGCUGCUUCCACACCUGGCCUUCCUCAAGGCACCACCAUAAAUGUUUCCAAUUUUACGAGUAGUAUGAUCAGCAAGAAAGCUUGUUGCUCUAACUAA